AUGGCUUUUAUACAGCAACAUAGGCCGCAGGGCGGACGACAGAUAUCCUACAAUGCUCCGGACGCCACUGCCGAAGCUACAACUACCGCACCUCAAAUUCAGAGACCCCUUGAGCAAUCGGAGGAAUGGGUUCUCUUCUCCCCGAACGCCCCUUCCGUAACCACACGCACGCAUACCACCUCGACCGACCGAACCCCGCGAACAGCUGGUCUGUCGCGAUUCAGCGAGUUUGGCUCCUUAGAGACUGCGGCGCGGUCUGACCAUGACGACGAUGUCGGCACAUUUCUUGGUACAGAGGAGGAGCUCGACAGCUUGGAUGAGGGCUUACAUGCUUUUCAUGAGCCAUCCGAGUUUGGUGUUCCAGUAGGCAGGGUCCAGCAAAGUGCCGAUACGGUAUUACCAACCCACGACGGACUGGGCGAGUUCGAGCCAGACGCGACAAUGCAGCAGCACAUGUGGCAGUUUGAGCGCCGAAGACGAGCACCGAGACGCCGAUCCAGUGUACAGCGACAUCUCACUAUACUGGAAGAUGCCGAGGGGAUAAGCACAGAGGAGGAGAAGCGAAUGCGCGUCGAGAGAUGGCGGUUAGAACAGAGCAAGGCGCUGUUGGAAGAGAUUGAGAAGGAAACCAGGAGGAGACGGCGCAUGAGCAUGGUCAGCAACGGACGAAGUCGAGUGGAUAAUGCACAGCAAGCGUCCACAAGAACGUUGCCAACAGUGGCCCAAUCUGUGUUGAGUGCGCAAAGCGACUCGUCCGAUGAAGGCACAGAGAACAUGUCCUUCUGGCAACGUAUAACAAGACGGGUGAUUCGGGAUCUUAUCGGUCUAGACGACGACACUCUGUCAGUCAUAUUCGGAGAGUCGCUACCAGACGAAGCUGUCACACCCACACCAGGCACGCCCGCCGAGUACUCUACCGACAGGGCCCUGCAAGAGGCGGGUGUUGAUGCGUCUCAACUCUCCGAUGACACAUGGCAGACAAAGCUGCUCGAGAGGGUCGCACAAGAACUCGGGACCCUGGUCAACCAGCUCUCUGAACACCCUGGAGCCUUCUCUACCUACCAACGUACACAAGCAGUGCCGGACUACGCAGGUCUUACGACCGUCAAGUCAAACACAACCCUCGCAUCUGACCCACUUUCCACGCGACCGUCAAGCUCGCAACCCACGACAUCACCGGCAUCUGCGCAAUUCGCACCCACCUUCCCCGUCCAAGCCUCAAACACCUACAGCGAAGCCUCCCUCUGGGGCAUCGAAGAGGAGCCCACCGAAGCCCCAACCCCCACACCCGACACCUCCAUCGCCGACGACCUUGCCCGCGAACGCGAAUACUGGGAGCGCGAACUCGACGUCAAAAUGAUCUUCAACUUCCUCAUGAAACGCUUCUCCUCGUCGCGCCGCCCCAGCAUUUCCUCCUCCUCAUCCCUCCCACCACGAGCCCAACCACAAUCAAAAGCCCAAACAGCACCAGUACCCUCUUCCCAGGCCACCAGCAACGAAGACAACCACAGCUCCGCUCGCAGAGCAGCCAUCAUCCGCCAGAACCACCCUUUGGUAAACCGGACGUCGUCAAGUAACAGACUCCCCACGUCGUCCGCGCUACUAUCAUCUUCUCACCAAAGGGAGUCUAGGCGCUAUGCUGCUUACUACACACCACCACCACCAGCUGUCGGGUUAGGUGCCAAGGCGGCCAAGCUGCGUAGUAGUAGUAGUUGUGCUAGUCAGAGUACCAAGAAGAGUAAGAGGAGUGGGGGGUCGAGGGGGAAUUAUUGGGAUUUGGGGGGUAGUGUGGGGAGUGGGAGUGUGGUGGGUGAGGUUUAA